GCAGAUUUCUCUUGGAUUUUGCCAGUGAUUUAUAAAUCUUCUGCACUGUGUACAGACACAGUUGCUGAUAUGUGUUCAAGAUGAGUGGGAUGGGAGAAAAUACCUCUGACCCGUCCAGGGCAGAGACACGGAAGCGCAAGGAAUGUCCGGACCAGCUUGGACCCAGCCCCAAAAGGAGCACUGAGAAACGUAAUCGUGAACAGGAAAAUAAAUAUAUAGAAGAACUUGCAGAGCUGAUUUUUGCAAAUUUUAAUGAUAUAGACAAUUUCAACUUCAAACCUGACAAAUGUGCAAUCUUAAAAGAAACUGUGAAGCAAAUCCGCCAGAUCAAAGAACAGGAGAAAGCAGCAGCUGCCAACAUGGAUGAAGUGCAGAAGUCAGAUGUGUCGUCGACAGGGCAGAGUGUCAUCGACAAGGAUGCUCUGGGGCCUAUGAUGCUGGAGGCCCUUGAUGGGUUCUUCUUUGUAGUGAACCUGGAAGGCAAUGUGGUGUUUGUGUCAGAGAAUGUGACACAAUAUCUACGGUAUAACCAAGAAGAGCUGAUGAACAAAAGUGUAUACAGCAUCCUUCAUGUUGGAGACCACACUGAAUUUGUCAAAAACCUGCUGCCAAAGUCCAUCGUGAAUGGGGGAUCUUGGUCUGGUGAACCUCCAAGGCGGAACAGCCAUACCUUCAACUGUCGGAUGCUAGUAAAAUCUCUGCCCGAAUCCGAAGAGGAAGGCCAUGAUAACCAGGAAGCACAUCAGAAAUAUGAAACUAUGCAGUGCUUUGCUGUUUCUCAACCAAAGUCCAUCAAAGAAGAAGGAGAAGAUUUGCAGUCCUGCCUGAUUUGUGUGGCUAGAAGAGUCCCCAUGAAGGAGCGGCCCGCUCUUCCCUCGUCAGAAAGUUUUACUACUCGCCAGGACCUCCAAGGCAAGAUCACUUCUCUGGAUACCAGCACCAUGCGGGCAGCCAUGAAACCAGGCUGGGAGGAUCUGGUGAGGAGAUGCAUUCAGAAGUUCCAUGCACAGCAUGAAGGGGAAUCUGUGUCAUACGCUAAGCGGCAUCAUCAUGAAGUGCUAAGACAAGGACUGGCAUUCAGUCAGAUCUAUCGUUUCUCCUUGUCCGACGGCACUCUUGUUGCGGCCCAAACGAAGAGCAAACUCAUCCGUUCUCAGACUACUAAUGAACCUCAGCUGGUAAUAUCUUUGCAUAUGCUUCACAGAGAGCAGAAUGUGUGUGUAAUGAAUCCAGAUCUGACUGGACAAGCUAUGGGGAAGCCAAUGAAUCCAAUUAGCUCUAGCAGCCCUGCCCAUCAGGCCAUGUGCAGUGGGAACCCAGGUCAGGACAUGACCCUCAGUAGCAAUAUAAAUUUUCCUAUAAAUGGCCCAAAGGAACAAAUGGGCAUGCCCAUGGGCAGAUUUGGUGGUUCUGGGGGAAUGAACCAUGUGUCAAACAUGCAAGCAACCACUCCUCAGGGUAGUAACUAUGCACUCAAAAUGAACAGUCCCUCACAAAGCAGCCCUGGGCUGAAUCCAGGGCAGCCCAGCUCCAUGCUUUCACCAAGGCAUCGCAUGAGCCCUGGAGUGGCUGGAAGCCCCCGAAUCCCACCCAGUCAGUUUUCCCCUGCAGGAAACUUGCAUUCCCCAGUGGGAGUUUGCAGCAGCACAGGAAAUAGCCAUAGUUACACCAACAGUUCCCUCAAUGCACUUCAGGCUCUCAGUGAAGGGCACGGGGUCUCCUUAGGGUCAUCGUUGGCAUCACCGGACCUAAAAAUGGGCAAUUUGCAAAACUCCCCAGUAAAUAUGAAUCCUCCCCCACUUAGCAAGAUGGGAAGCUUAGACUCCAAAGAUUGUUUUGGACUUUAUGGGGAGCCCUCUGAAGGUACAACUGGACAAACAGAAAACAGCUGCCAUCCUGGGGAGCAAAAGGAAACAAAUGAUUCCAACAUGCCCCAAACUGGGAGCAGUGAGAGACCUGAUGGGCAGAACAGACUGCACGACAGCAAAGGACAGACCAAACUCCUGCAGUUGUUGACCACCAAAUCGGAUCAGAUGGAGCCCUCGCCCUUAUCCAGCUCUUUGUCGGACACAAGCAAGGACUCCACGAACAGCUUGCCUGGCUCUGGGUCAACGCACGGCACGUCGCUCAAGGAGAAGCAUAAGAUUUUGCACAGACUUUUGCAGGACAGCAGUUCCCCUGUGGACCUGACUAAGUUAAUCGCAGAAGCCACCGGCAAAGAGCUGAACCAGGAGCCUGGCGGCACAGCUCCGGGUUCAGAAGUGACUAUUAAACAGGAGCCAGUGAGCCCCAAGAAGAAAGAGAAUGCACUACUUCGCUACUUGCUAGAUAAAGACGAUACUAAAGAUAUCGGUUUACCAGAAAUAACCCCCAAACUUGAGCGACUGGACAGUAAAACUGACCCUGCCAGUAACACAAAAUUAAUAGCUAUGAAAACCGAGAAGGAAGAGAUGAGCUUUGAGCCUAGUGACCAGCCUGGCAGUGAGCUGGACAACUUGGAGGAGAUUUUGGAUGAUUUACAGAACAGUCAAUUACCACAGCUUUUCCCAGACACGAGGCCAGGCGCCCCUACUGGAUCAGUUGACAAGCAAGCCAUCAUCAAUGACCUCAUGCAACUCACAGCUGAAAACAGCCCUGUCACACCUGUUGGCGCCCAGAAAACCACACUGCGAAUGUCACAGAGCACUUUUAAUAACCCACGACCAGGGCAACUGGGCAGGUUAUUGCCAAACCAGAAUUUACCACUUGACAUCACCUUGCAAAGCCCAACUGGUGCUGGACCUUUCCCUCCAAUAAGAAACAGUAGUCCAUACUCAGUGAUACCUCAGCCGGGAAUGAUGGGUAAUCAAGGGAUGAUAGGAAACCAAGGAAAUUUAGGGAGCAGUAGCACAGGAAUGAUGGGUAGUAAUCCUUCUCGGCCCACCAUGCCAUCUGGAGAAUGGGCAUCACAGAAUUCUGCUGUAAGAGUCACCUGUGCUGCUACCACCAGUGCCAUGAACCGGCCAAUCCAAGGAGGCAUGAUUCGGAAUCCAACAGCCAGCAUCGCCAUGAGACCCAACAGCCAGCCUGGCCAAAGACAGAUGCUUCCGUCUCACAUGAACAUAGGGCCCUCGGAAUUAGAGAUGACUAUGGGGGCUCCUCAGUAUAACCAGCAACAAGCUCCACCAAAUCAGACCGCCCCCUGGCCAGAGAGCAUUCUGCCUAUUGACCAGACAUCAUUUGCCAACCAGAACAGGCAGCCAUUUGGGAGCUCUCCUGAUGACUUGCUGUGUCCACAUCCUGCAUCUGAGUCUCCGAGUGACGAGGGGACGCUCCUAGAUCAGCUGUAUUUGGCUCUGCGGAACUUUGACGGCCUGGAAGAGAUUGACAGAGCUUUGGGAAUACCCGAGCUGGUCAGCCAGAGCCAAGCUGUAGAUCCAGAGCAGUUCCCAAGUCAGGAGUCCAACCUCAUGAUGGAGCAGAAGGCCUCUGUUUUCCCACCACAGUAUGCGUCUCAGUCACAAAUGGCCCCCAGUAGCUAUACCCCCAUGCAAGAUCCAAACUUUCACACCAUGGGACAGCGACCGAGUUACGCCGCACUCCGAAUGCAGCCUCGACCAGGCCUGCGCCCCACUGGCCUCGUGCAGAACCAGCCAAAUCAGCUGAGGCUUCAGCUGCAGCACCGCCUCCAGGCACAGCAGAAUCGCCAGCCCAUUAUGAAUCAGAUCAACAAUGUUUCGAAUGUGAACAUGACUCUGAGGCCCGGAGUGCCAACACAGGGACCUAUUAAUGCACAGAUGUUGGCCCAGAGACAGAGAGAAAUCCUAAACCAGCAUCUCCGCCAGAGACAAAUACAUCAGCAACAGCAAGUUCAGCAACGAACUUUGAUGAUGAGAGGACAAGGGUUGAACAUGACUCCGAGCAUGGUGGCUUCUGGUGGUAUACCAGCAACUAUGAGCAACCCCCGGAUCCCCCAGGCAAAUGCACAGCAGUUCCCAUUUCCUCCAAACUACGGUACUGGACUUCCAUCCCCACCACCCUUCACCAGUCCUUUCUCCCCGGUGUCCCCCAGUCCCGGGUCACAGCUCCUCUCUCACAGCUCUGUGCAUGGCUCCCAGAUGACUCUGGCUAACCAGGGGAUGAUAGGCAACCCGGGAGGACAGUUGGGGCCUGUCAGGAGUCCCCAAAUCCAGCACAGUACCUUCCAGUCUCUCAGCUCAGGAAUGAGUCAGCAACCUGAUCCAGGCUUCACUGGGGCCACAACCCCCCAGAGUCCCCUGAUGUCACCCAGACUGGCUCACACUCAGAGCCCCAUGCUACAGCAGUCUCCUGCGAACCCAGCCUAUCAGGCCUCUUCAGACAUGAAUGGAUGGGCGCAAGGGAAUAUGGGUGGAAACAGCAUGUUUUCACAGCAGUCCCCACCUCACUUUGGACAGCAAGCAAACACCAGCAUGUACAAUAACAAUAUGAACAUCAAUGUAUCCUUGGCGACCAACACAAGUGGCAUGAACAACAUUAACCAGAUGACAGGACAGAUCAGCAUGACCUCAGUGACCUCUGUGCCUACAUCAGGGCUGUCCUCCAUGGGUCCUGAGCAGGUUAAUGAUCCUGCUCUGAGGGGAGGCAACCUAUUCCCAAACCAGCUGCCUGGGAUGGAUCUGAUUAAGCAGGAGGGAGACGCAUCACGGAAAUACUGCUGACACUGAAGGUAGCUGAUUGCUUCUUUAUUCAGCUGACCGGGCUCCAGUUGCUCAAAACACUUACUCGUCUGGAGAGCUGCGUCCACUUAUUCUGACCCACUGACCUGCCAGCCAGUUCUGCCCGAGCAGGAACCACAGACAGACCUCGGCUCUGCCCCAGUGGGGAGACCCAGGCAGCUGUCACUGGAGAAGCUGCCUCUUCUCUUGACGGUCUGAAGCUUACGUCCAGACAGUUGCUCAGUCUGUUCACUGCAUUCACCUUAGUGCAACUUAGAUCUCUCCUGCAAAGUAAAUGUUGACAGGCAAAUUCCAUCCCCAUGUCAGAUUGAAUGUAUUUAAAUGUAUGUAUUUAAGGAAAAGAACCGUGCUCUUGUUCUGUUCCUGUUUGGUUCCAGACAAUGGUUUCUUGCUUGGUUUCCCCGGCUAACCUGUCUAGUGCAAACAAAGAUUUCAUCUGGGAGAAAGAACAGAAUUCCUUUAAAAAUUAGAACCUGAUAAGGUGUUUUAAGCGAAAGCCUACCCAUGGGCUUAGAAGCAAGGCAAGCCCGUGGACAGUGAGGUGUUUACAGAAACACCCAGCCAGUGAGGACCAAUAAAGUCCUAGUUGUAUCUUUGUAGAAAGUUCUAAAGACCAGGUUGGAAAGAAUUUCCACUUAACAGCCUGUGAGGGCUGUUAAUAUUAACAAAUACUGUUUUCCUUUUUUCUUCUUCUUCUUCUUCUUCUUCCCUGGAUUAAAAAACAACAAGCUAAUUCAUCUAAAUCAUGAAUCAAGAAGAAUUAUUUGCGCACCCAAAUUAAGUUACCCCUUUGUUGAUUCAGGCAGUUUGAAUUGGCAUCUCCUCCUCCCCACCACUGCCCACUUUGGCUCACUGCUCUCUAGUAGUGUACACAACAGAAACCAGGUAACUCUCUUCCUGAAAUGUUUUGCCAGCCACCAAUCAGUUUGCUUAAGAUUGAAUUUCUGAAAAAUGCAUUUACUGGCAAGGAGAGGAGCAAAAUUAGGGCUUGAUCCCAAUCAAGCUAAGGGUACCUGUUUUGGAAGCAUGUUUCUUCUGUUCCCCAGCAACUCUGGCCUACAAAAUGGGAGAAAAUAAUAGUGUGUGAAAAUUUUACAGCAGAUAUCACUACAGAUUUAUCCACCACCAUGUGUUUCUUGUUUGUUUGGGUUUUUUUUUUUUUUUAAUUUUAUUUUUUAGCAGUGCUAAGCUGAAGUUUUAUAAGGUACAUAAAAUCCGAUUUAUAUGUAAACAAGCAAUAAUUUAAGUUGAACUUAAGUGUUUUAAUUGUAUAAUUUUUGUGAGGUAUACAUAUUGUGGAAUUGACUCAAAAAUGAGGUACUUCAGUAUUAAAUUAGAUAUCUUCAUAGCAAUGUCUCCUAAAGGUGUUUUGUAAAGGAUAUCAAUGCCUUGAUUAGACCUAAUUUGUAGACUUUUAGACUUUUUAUUUUCUAAACCUUGUGAUUCUGCUCAUAAGUCAUUUAUCUAUAUAAUAUGCAGCCGCUGUAGGAACCAAUUCUUGAUUUUUUUAUAUGUUUAUAUUCUUUCUUAAUAAACCUUAGAAAGACUACAUGUUACUAAGCAGGCCACUUUUCUGGUUGUUUUUCUUGCCCAUUCUGGCAGGGGAAUAAUCUUUUAUUAAUUGGCAUCGGUUUCAGACAACUGCAAUACUAAGAAACGGAUGACCCUUUUUUGAACUAUUUCUCUCCGACCCGAUACACAUAGUUUCAUAACUAAAUUUCCAAAUGAUGUUCUUUUUGAUGUCGAAAAGGCAGCGCAUUUUAUAAAAUCUCAUUAGCCAGGCUUUUUAGGAACAGAAAGGUUUUUCCUAGAAAUCUGAUUGUUUAUUAUUGUGUGGCAGGGUGGAAAAUGUACAAACUAUACCCCUAUUUAUAUUUAUCUCUCUCUAUAUAUAUGUAGGGUAUGGCAGUAUAGAAAGAGAUAUAGCCCAAAGAUAAGGGAUGAAUAGUCUGAAAGUGUUGCUCCAUACUAAAGAAAUGUUCUGGAAAUUUGCAUUUAGCUCGAUACAGGGAGGUGGCCGAGGAACGGCACCACGUGGUGGCCACCAGUUCAGUGUCCCACUCAAAAGGCUCGACUGCUCCACCAGACUCGGGCUACCUGACUGAAGAAAAGGCCGAGCCAAUGUUGGCCCCAGAACUCCAUGACCUCACUGCUGUACUGAGACUUGCGUUGUACACCACUUAACCUGACCAGUUGUCCAUUGAUUUGUAGAAAGAUGUGAAUUAGAAGGACCUGACAGCACAAACGCGAGAUGCAGUUGAAGCUGGAUUUGUGUUCUCUUGCGUUUUGAGUCUCUUUUCGCUCUAACGCGUCCCACAAUGCCUGCAUCAUUAUGUUGGUCCAUCUGCCCCCGCCCUUUGACCGUGGGUCCCGUGCAGACCCAUGGACAGAGCUGCGGUGCGGUCCUGGUAACGGAGAGCAAGUGGGGACCCUCACUGUCUUGAAGGACAAGCAAUGAGGAGUUUCCUCUGGGCUCCGAUCAGGGAAUGGGUUCUGCUUUACAUCUAAUUAGGAGAAGAAGCGUAAGUGAAGAGAUCCUCUGAUCAUAUUGAUCACUGUAGAAGCAAAAGCCAAAUCAAUCCCCUUCAUUAUCAGUAUUUCUCAUGCUGUACACGAUAAAUUUGUGAGACCGAGGACUUGGUUUUUGUUUAAUAGAACAAAUAAUCAGUGUUUUACUUCUAUUACUAAAUGUGAAAAUGCAUAAUGUGAAAGAAUACAUACAUUCACUUGGUUGUAAGACUCAUUUAAGUGUUCAUGUAACGUGGUAAGUUUAACAAGUGAAGUGAGCUGUUUUACUGCAGAUGGACUCGUUGGACUCAAAGAUGAACAUGCCUCCCCUGCCCCAUGUGUAUCUCUGUAACGGCCUGUAAUAAUUGAAAGCAAUGUUUUUGCAGUUUCUAUAAUGCAAUUUUUAAUCUGUGUUUAAAAAUGGAGUUCAUAUGGGCUUAACACAUGAAAAUGGGUGGCACCGAUCCACCUGCAGAACCCAAAGAUACACAAUCAAUUUUGCAAUGCAACUGAAGCCAUUAAUUGUUGGUGUGAAUUUAAAUUUUCUAGGGUUUGUAUGGUAGUGUGCUGCCUAAGAGCAAGCAUUCUCUGCACAAAAGAAAACUACUGCAGUGGCUUCGGCUUUAAUUAGAAUUUUCUCCCUGGUGUUUCUUUAUAGACUGAAACAAAAAAUUUUAAGUUUCUUCCUACAGGUAAAAGCUAUGUGCAAGAACCUCAAAAUGCUAAAAUCUAGCAUAAUGCCUUAGAUCUGUUUUUAAGUCUUGUAUAUUCCUACAUAGCUGUCUGAUGUAUUAUAUUUGUAUAGUGAAUUGUGUACAAUUUUUGAAUCAGUGCAUCAUCACUUAACCUUGACGUUGUUGAAUGGUGAUGAUGAAACAUACAUUUCUUCAAACAUUUAACUGUCUUUUUUUUCCUUUUGUCAGUUGUGGGUUUUAUUUGUACAGUUCUCAUGAAGUUGCAUCUGAGAUGUGUGUAUAUGAAAAGAUUACACAAGGGUGAAAUUAAGCAAUAUAUUAACUAUGGUUCUUCAGGAGAAAGCUUACAGUGUUUCAGGUUGUGAUUUAUUUUCCAAAUGGAGUUGACUCUGAACAUCACUUUGUCCACCUGCAUUGAUGUUUGUAUUUCUAUUGUGAGCAGUUUAUGCAAAGGUAGAUAUAUUCAGAGAAAUUUUAAAUACAUUUAUGCAAGUUAAUAUUGCUUUGCUGAUGCUAUUUGCUUAUUUGAUGUUAAAUAAUGCUAUUGUAAAUAAAGAACUCUGUUGUUAUUGCAUCAUUUAAUAAAUUUUAAUGCCUUCGGGUUUUACAUGG